UAGGCUGUGCCAAAGCUUUGAGCUGGGGCCUUAAAGUGACAGGGCUGUUUUGGAGUCAAAAACAGAUUGAUUGGUAUUAAGAUUUUUUUUUCAAUAAAGCGUUUAACGCUUCCGUAGAGGCCACCAUGGAGUCCUAUGAUAUUAUUGCAAAUCAACCUGUAGUAAUUGAUAAUGGAUCAGGCGUUAUCAAAGCUGGGUUUGCAGGAGAUCAGAUCCCUAAAUACUGCUUUCCUAAUUAUGUGGGACGUCCCAAACAUGUUCGGGUAAUGGCGGGAGCUCUUGAAGGGGAUCUUUUCAUUGGUCCUAAAGCUGAGGAACACAGAGGCCUACUUUCUGUCCGAUACCCUAUGGAACAUGGAAUUGUUCGGGACUGGAAUGAUAUGGAGAGGAUUUGGCAGUAUGUGUAUUCCAAAGAUCAACUGCAGACAUUCUCAGAAGAGCAUCCAGUCCUACUAACUGAAGCCCCAUUGAACCCAAGCAAAAAUCGAGAACGGGCAGCCGAAGUCUUCUUUGAAACAUUUAAUGUUCCAGCCCUUUUCAUUUCCAUGCAAGCUGUUUUGAGUCUGUAUGCAACAGGGCGAACAACAGGUGUUGUACUAGAUGCUGGGGAUGGUGUCACCCAUGCAGUGCCUAUCUAUGAGGGCUUUGCCAUGCCACACUCCAUCUUGCGGGUUGAUAUUGCAGGCCGAGAUGUUUCACGUUUCCUGAAGCUGCUGCUCCGUAAAGAGGGAUAUGAUUUUCAUACCUCAGCUGAGUUUGAGGUGGUUCGCACCAUUAAAGAGAGAGCUUGCUACUUGUCAAUAAAUCCUCAAAAGGAUGAGACAUUGGAAACCGAGAAGGCACAGUACACUCUUCCAGAUGGCAGCACACUUGAUAUUGGCCCUGCUCGCUUCCGGGCUCCAGAGCUUCUAUUCCGGCCAGACCUUAUAGGAGAUGAGAGCCAUGGCAUUCAUGAAGUUCUUGCCUUUGCCAUCCAAAAAUCUGACAUGGACCUUCGACGGACACUCUUUUCCAACAUUGUGCUUUCAGGAGGGUCAACUCUUUUUAAAGGGUUUGGUGAUCGAUUAUUAAGUGAAGUAAAGAAGUUGGCACCUAAAGAUGUUAAAAUUAAGAUCUCAGCUCCCCAAGAGAGACUAUAUUCAACAUGGAUUGGUGGCUCUAUCCUGGCUUCAUUAGACACCUUUAAAAAGAUGUGGGUUUCUAAGAAAGAGUAUGAAGAGGAUGGUGCCCGAGCAGUUCACAGGAAAACAUUUUAAUGAGGAACUCUAAGUGGAAUAUGUAUACAAUUUGCUCCCUUCCCCUCCAUUCCUACUACCCUGCCUUCAAAGUCCCACAGUCUUGCAGAAAGAGGGGAGUUUACAUUGGCAUGUUUUCUUCAUGUCCCAACAUUUUGCCCUGCAGUUGAUUUUCCAUAAACUGGCCCCUAUAGUGACUUUUCUCUCUGAAUGGUUUGGUGCAGCUGGAUCAUCUUUAUGAUAUCUGUUAUUUACUUGCAUUCAAUACACCAUUUUAUCUCCCAACUUCUCAUGUUUCCUUAUAAAGUACAACAGACAUUCAGAAUAUGUUGAUAAACUUGUUUAUGAAAAUACAUUAUUUAUAAUAUGUAUCAGAAUUCAUUACCCAUAUCAAAUAGAUUUAAUUAUUAUUUAAAGCCCUGAGAGAUUCAUUCCUAUUAUUAAACACUUAUGUCUCAUUUCAGCCCAGCUUCAGAGGCAUGCUGAAUUUUCUGUUGGGCUUCAGUUUCAUCUUCAUGUAACAGUUGCCUUAUAAAAAUGGAAGAUUUUAUUUUGUUAAAGAUUUUUUUUUAUUCUUUUGAGGAAAUUUAAAGUUAAUUGUCUUAAACUUAAAAUUGUCUUCAACCCACUCAAUUUAUUUAUUAAUAUAGUACAGUUUUUAAACAAGCAGUUACACAUCAUAAUUAAGAUUAAUUUUACUCUUCUGAGGGUUUAUUUUUUUCUCUUUAGAAAUAUUGUAUGGCAUUUUUACUGUACAUGUUGUUUUUUGAUCUUGGCCUACAUCCUUUUAUUGCAGACACAGGUCAAUUACUAUAGAUUUACUAGCACUUGCUGCUGAAGGAAAUUUGAAUAUUGCAGUAUGAGCAAGCUUUUUGUAUGCUACACCAAACCUAUUUACUGUCAUUUCCUAGAAGGUUCUGAAGCGGUUAUCACUCAGGAAUCAUCAUUAUUUGGACCAUCCUAACCAUCGAUUAAGAUCCAAGGACUUUUGACAGUUGUGCUGCACAUGCAGGAUCCAACCUUACUUCUGCUUUGACUUUUAUUUUUCUGUGUCUUCUUAAAACAUUUAUAUUAACUUUGGGAAUCUGAUCUUUAGAUUUAAAAAAUGUCUGUCUUCAGCAUUGGUUCAUUCUUGAAGCACCUGUAUCAAUUUCCAAUCUCAUUACAUCAGCCCCAAACAAUAUACUAGAAAAGAGUGCAAUUAAGAUAUUGAACACAUCACACUUGUAACCUCUCAUAUACCACGACUGUUCAGUGGUGGGCUGGCACAUCUUUUUAACAGAUGUCUAGGAAAACAGUUGUUUUGAAAUUAUUUUCCUGAGAAGUACAUUUGGGAGAUAAAGCUGAAAAAUGUAAACUUUUAGAAAAAUAAUACAUUUUCAGACACCUUCACACAAUAUCUGUAUUACAGAAGUAAUUAUUUGGUAUCUACAAGAUGCCGAAUAAACACAUUCCAAAAUUACUCUAAGAAUACGUUUUUUUUAACACUUCAUACUAUAUGACCUUGCUUGAAGCAUUUAUUUAUUUUUUAUGCCUGUGUCUGAACUGUGCAACAUAAAAACAAUUUAAUACUGUUUUUUUCUGGCUAUAUAAAAUCAUGAAUAAAUCAUUAUGGGCAUGUUCAGGGUUUGAGAUUGUGCAGGGUUUGAAUGUGCCAUCUGAUUGAACUUCACUGAAGGAAGCAGUUGGUUUGUGGGCUUUUCAUGUGUAUGUUAGACAUGUCCCGUCUGCUUACAUUAAGUUUGUAAUGAGGGGAAAUUAUUGAAAAUGGUAUAGGAUAAAGACAUAUGCAAAUGGAUUAAGAAAUAAUGAAACAUAUAAAUACAUUUUAAACAUUU